CGGCAGCCGUGGACGAGCUCGUCGUAGCUACGCAGCGCUUUGAAGAGUCGCUUAAGGAGCAGCGUCGUAUGUCAGCUAUGCGGGUGCGGUUUGUCAACGAGCAGCUGAUGGCCCUGGAGCGAACCUUCGUCCUGCCCGGAGGACUGCCGGACCGUCCCCUCUACAGACACUCUGUGUUCUCGCCACCACGAUGGGAUGCGUACGCGGCCGCCGGGUUCUCUGGACUCAGUGACCUCCUGCACGACUACGACGAAAACGACGCUGCCAGAAAAGAAAAGAUCAAGAGGCACAUAAACGAACUAACCAUUCUCACCCAGCGGGCCUCGGCCAUUCUCAAGGACUCCCCCGUCCUCUAAUAUAUGGGCAACUUUGAGGGAAAACAUUUUUACUGGGGGACAUGAAUCGGGAAAUGGACUCCUUUGAGAAGAACCACCUUUCUUAAAGGAGGGCCUCUAACUGAAGAGUAUCCUUCACGAGUUGAUAUCCUUAUUUGUAUGUUAUCAUUAGAUGUAUCCUCCACAGAAGAGGUUAUCCUUCAUCAGAGGGUAUCUUUCAUGAGAGACAUCUUGCAAGGUAAUGGAUUGCUCAUUUCUUUGAAUUAGGUUUGGCACUGAAACCCCAGUCCUUUUCCAUACAAAGUAUACUUUGUGUAAAACGCUUCUAUACAAGGAAUGCUUUGCACUCUAAUGUUUGACCUCAUCAUGUGUAGGGAGCUUUCCCUAGUUCGGAGGUCGCUGUUCCCGAUCGGUAUUAAAAGACGUUCAAUUAAGAAUGUUCAACAGUUGGUAGGGUUUAUUAAUUUAAUUAAUAUAGUAACAAUAAUUGCGAAAUUAGAUUGUGAAUUAUUGUCUUAAUUCAAUAAAAAAUUUCCUAUUUAUGACAAAACAUUUUCAAACAGUUUUCAUUCGGUGAACCAAAUUAUCAGCAGAUUUAUUUCCCCUAUAAUAUAGUUAUUAAUAAUUGUGCAUUGAUUUUGUAGCAUAAUAAUCCACAGUUAUACAAAUAUGGUGCGAUAUUAUUCAGGUUAAAUCUAAAUCAGACGUAUUAUAAUAAUGAAUUUAAUUGUACAAUAAAUAAAAAUUUUUAUUUUACAUAUAUUCAAAUGAUAUUUUGUCUACAUCCGCUUUAACUUGCCUGUGCAUUAUUGCAUUUUAUUAUUCCUUUGCUAUUGCAAUCAGCAAUUGAUAAA